GCUGCUGCUGCUGCUGCAACUGGUGCAGUUUUGUGCGCGUACGCGCGUGUACGACUAUUGGCUACUACCGAGCGUCAUCAACUCGACGUCCACGGGCGUUUGAGCCUCGAACGCUCAAGAAAUGCUAUGAAUUAGGCGAGAGUGCCGACGGAGAGCAGCUCUCUAAGCUAGCGGCACGUAAGACACUAGCAACAGCGAAAAAGCAUUAGCGACCAACGCGACCCUCAUACGCCUCACCCGACCAAAAUGAUCCUCACAACCUGCGCCGCCUGCGCCGCCCCACUGGCCCACAACGCGCCGCGAUGCGUGAGGUGCCAUGUGAGAUACUGUGAUGCCACUUGCCAACAUGACCACUGGCGCCGCGGCCACAAGCAGAUGUGCAAGAAAAUACACCGCGGCGGCAACGCGGAGCAAUACCACGCCGACAAAAAAUACAAGGAGGCCGUCGCGGUCGCGGUCGAGGCAUGCGCCGACGACACCAAGGGCCAGACGUGCUACAUCUGCACGCAGGCCCUCCACUGGAAGACCAAGGAAGGUCUCGUGCGAGGGUGUGCGUGCCGUGGAACGGCUGGCUUCGCUCAUGUGUCGUGUUUGGCGGAGCAGGCGAAGAUUUUGUUCGCGGAGGCCGAGGAGAACAAUUUGAGCGACAAGGUUAAGACUGAGAGGUUCGAGCGGUGGUACGCGUGUAGCCUGUGCGAGCAAGAGUACCACGGCGUCGUGCGAUGCGCGCUCGGGUGGGCCUGCUGGAAGACGUACGUUGGCCGGCCGGAGACGGACGAGAUUCGGGGCGUGGCGAUGAACGUGCUUGGGAACGGUUUAAUUUCUGCAAAACAUUAUGAGGACGCGCUGACCGUGCAAGAGGCCGAGUUGUCGAUGCUGCGGCGCGUUGGCGCGCCAGAACACUCGAUUCUCGUGGCGCAGACAAAUCUUUCAACCACGUAUGCUAGGAUUGGGAGGCAUGAACAGGCCUUGCAGAUGAGUCGAGAUGUAUAUUCGGGAGAGUUGAAACUCUAUGGCGAGGAACAUGGAAGGACCGUCGUAGCAGCCUGCAACUACGCCACGUCCCUUGUUGGUCUAGAGCGCUUCGAAGAAGCCAAGUCAUUGCUGCGCAAAAUGAUCCCCGUGGCGCAACGCAUUCUCGGGGAUAGUCAUGAUCACACACUCUCGAUGCGGUCGAUUUACGCGAAUGCUCUCUACCAGGACACCUGCGCCACGCUAGACGAUCUCAGCGAGGCCGUGACGACGUUCGAGGAUACGGCACGGAUCGCGCGGCGCGUGCUCGGUGGCGCGCAUCCGUCCACAGUGAACAUGGAGCGGGCCCUGCAACACGCGCGAGCCGCCCUCCGCGCCCGCGACACGCCGCAGCCGUCGUCGCUUUCGGAGCGUGUGUAAUGGUAGCUAUCCGCGGAAACUAAAGCAAAAACUACAGCCAUGCGGCUGGCCC